GAGAGGGAAAAGAUAGUAAACAUGGACGGUGUGUCUUGGUGACAAUCAUUCAAGAUAUGAAGCCUCGAGAACGGAACGAAAAGAUUGUCGUUCUCAGUCCCGCUCACGAGGACAGUGGGGUAGCUUCCGGCGAUAUAGGCGAACUUUCGUUCUCGGGAGAGUGCGAGGGAGUCGUUUGUCUGCGAGAAACAAGAGGACCAAAGGGAAUCGAAGGAGAUGAAAAUCAAGAUCCUAGAUACAUCGCGCGAUGCACCAUAAGGCAGCAUUACUACCCUGAGAGUGGUUGGGGUUGGGUGGUCGUAGUAACCGGCGUUAUGGUGCAAAUUCUUGCCGCGGGGAUUCACGGGGCUGUUGGAGUGUGGUUGCUGUUGGAAGGAUCGAAACGAUAUCGUCAACCCCCUCUUAACGUAGGAUGGCUAGGAGCAAUGUCGACAGGAGUGGCUCUACUAGUUUCACCGGUAACAAUAGCGUUUUGUCGGAGAAAAAGUACAAGACUCACUGCGGUUUUGGGUGGCCUCGUUACAGCACUCGGCUGCCUUUUCACUUCUUUCGCCUCGCAGUUCCACCAAUUGUUCAUCAGCUAUGGCACCGUUGUCGGUAUAGGAGUCGGCAUGACCAGGGAUUGUAGCACGUUAAUGGUGGCGCAAUAUUUUAAGAGGAGACGAGAACUGGUCGAGAUUUUCAUCGUGUCCGGAAGUGGCCUUGGUAUCGCUGUCAUGUCGGCUUUCAUAAAGGGAAUGAUUAGCAAGAUUGGAUGGCGCUUAGGCCUUCAAGCGGUGACCGGUGUGGUUUUCCUCACGUUCAUCUUAGGCACGUUUUAUCGAAGCGCUUCCCUGUAUCAUCCGCAACGUAGAGCUAUUCUACAUCUGAAAAAUCAAAAGCGUAAGAUUAAGGAUAAGAACAAGACGGACGAUGGUCCGCCGUUCUUCGACUUCAGCACGCUGAAGAGCAAAACAGUAAGAAUACUGCUCGUGUCCACUGGGAUAUCUGCCUUCGGGAUCAACACUCCGAUAUUUUACCUGGCGCACCAAGCCGAAGAAGAAGGCCUUGGGGACACGGUGAUCCUGCUUCAGGCUUAUCUCGGUCUGGCCUGGACCCUCGGCUGUGUCGCCUUUGGCCUUUUGGUCGUGCAUCGCAGCGUCGAAUGCAGGAUAGCGCGUCAGUAUCUCACGCAAGCGGCGGUGUUCGUAUGCGGAUUGUGCAUUCUGGCCCUCACCGCCGUUCAAGGAAAUUAUCACGGAUAUGUGUUGUUCGCCUGGAUUUACGGCAUCUUUUGCGGCGGCUACCAUUACAGCCUGAAAAUGUACACGUACGAGAGAGUCAGAGCGAGAAAUUUCGCGAGAACGUGGGGUUUCGUUCAAUGUUCCCAAGCCAUACCGAUAGCGAUUGGAGUUCCAAUCUCAGGAUACAUGAACAUCAGUUGCGGCGGGAAAGCUGGUUACUACUUCAGCUCGACGUGUGUACUGGUGGGCAGCUUCACCCUCUUCUUCAUAGAUCUUCACAGAAGAAAUUUGUCGAGGCACAAACACGUCAGGUCUAACGGGACCAAGCACCUCUGCGUCUCGGACGCUUGUCCGCAACGCAGAAAGUUGUCGUUCAGCCAGGAACCGGACAACGAUGGCCCGCACGUGGCCGCUGCCGGAGCCGGCAGCCGCCUCGUGCUUGGUGCUGAGAUCGCGCCGAAUCAAGGCGAGUAUGUCGACGGUCUUGCCCCAGAGAAACCCGAGUUAACGUGCAUCUCUGAGGAGGGAAUCGCGGACAUGGAUCUCCCCGACAACAUGCUCGAGGACCUCGAUUACAUCGGGGAUUGUAUAACCUCGUGCAACAAGGUCGAGAACUAUCUGAUGCUGUCCGAGUUCGAGAACAAUCUGAUAGCUGAAAUACCGAUCAUCACGGAUCGCCGAGGUCGAAGGUGGUCCCUGGCGCGUUCGAAAGGUGGCCAGUCGAACCUCGACCGUCCCUCGGCACCUCAACCUCAAAACGAGGAGACCGAAGCCAAGCCUAAAUGGCACGCGGCGGCUCCUAAUGUGCCUCCUAAUAACAGGGUGAUCACCGUGAUCGACGAGGCAAGCACGUAGCUCGAUCGUUAAGAUC